CUUUCUUUUACUUCUUCUUGUUCCUUGUCCACACUGUAUGCUUACUGCCAGGUGGCCAGUAAUCUAGAGCUUCGUUGUCUUCUAGAUGGCUCUGCGGAAAUAAAAAGUCUUUGUUCACGACCGCUAGCUUGCUAAUUCAUGUCCCUGUACCCUUUUAAUUAGAGCGUCACUCGCUUGCGACCAGAUCAACCAGAUUAUAUCUGCGCACAGAGGACGAGUCCGAUAGAUGCUAAGCUGUGCUGUAAAGCGCAAAUCAGAGCAAAAUACAUAGAUCAUGGCUUCCAGAAGCCGCCAACGAACAUAUGGCUCCCUGAAGUCCCUCACACUCUCUCCCGUCCUCUCUUUCCUCAUUGUUCCUUUCCUGCUGCUCUGUUUGAGCUUCCCAGCCCCUGCUGCUGCAGCGGGGUCCGCAGUUCUCGGGCUUGAUGUCGGCACAGAAUAUUUGAAAGCUGCCCUGGUCAAGCCGGGUAUUCCCCUGGAGAUUGUUCUCACCAAGGAUUCGAAGCGCAAGGAGUCGGCUGCCGUUGCGUUCAAGCCCACCCGUGAGAACGAUGCACUGUUCCCCGAGAGGUUCUACGGCGGCGAUGCCCUGGCGCUAGCCGGCCGGUACCCCGACGAUGUGUACGCUAACCUUAAGACCCUACUCGGACUCCCUUUCGACAUUAACGACGAAACGAUCAAGACGUAUCACAACCGGUACCCUGCACUGCAACUUGAGAAAGCUCCUGGUGAACGCGACACUGUUGGACUGCGGAGCAACCGACUUGGCGAGGCUGAGAAGAAGGACGCUUUCCUCGUCGAGGAGAUUCUUGCCAUGCAGUUGAAGCAAAUCAAGGCCAACGCUGAUACGCUGGCUGGAAAGGGUUCCAACAUUCAGGAUGCAGUGAUCACCUACCCGUCCUUUUAUACCGCGGCGGAGAAGAGAAGUCUCCGCUUGGCGGCGGAGCUGGCCGGCUUGAAUGUUGAGGCCUUCAUCAGUGAUGGCCUUGCUGUUGCUCUGAACUACGCAACCAGCCGUACUUUCCCUAGCGUAUCAGACGGGGAGAAGCCCGAGCAUCACAUUGUGUAUGACAUGGGUGCUGGCUCCACCACGGCCAGCGUCGUUCGCUUCCAGAGCCGUGCGGUCAAGGACAUUGGUCGCUUCAAUAAGACUGUCCAGGAAGUCCAUGUUCUAGGAACUAGCUGGGACAAGACUCUUGGCGGUGACUCUCUGAACGAUUUGAUCGUUGAGGAUAUGAUCGCCAACCUGGUUGAGGAGAAGAAGUUGAAGGGUCGCGUCACCGCGGCAGAUAUCAAGGCACACGGCAAGACCAUGGCAAGGCUCUGGAAGGAUGCUGAAAAAAUCCGUCAGGUUCUUAGCGCCAACACAGAGACCGGAGCUUCGUUCGAGAGCCUGUACGAGGACGAGAUCAACUUUAAGUAUCGUCUUACCCGGACUAAAUUUGAGGAGCUUGCCGCGCAGCACAUUGCUCGCGUGGGCAAGCCUCUCGAGCAGGCUCUGGAGCUUGCCGGCCUGCAGAUGAACGAUAUCGACUCUGUUAUUCUUCACGGUGGUGCAAUCCGCACGCCAUUCGUGCAGAAGGAACUCGAGAGCGUCUGUGGAUCAGAGAGCAAGAUCCGCACCAGCGUCAACGCUGACGAAGCCGCUGUGUUCGGAGCUGCCUUCAAGGGUGCAGCUCUGAGCUCAAGCUUCCGUGUCAAGGAUAUCCGUGCCAACGAUGCGUCCGCUUACAGUGUUGUCUUGAAGUGGGCAUCCGAAUCCAAGGAGAGGCAGCAGAAGCUCUUCACUCCCACUUCCCUGGUUGGACCCGAGAAGCAGGUCACUGUGAAGAACCUGGAUGACUUUGAAUUCAGCUUCUACCAGCAAGUUCCCCUCGCCGGCAGCGUUGCUGAGACCCCUGUUCUGGGCGUCAAGACGCAGAACCUCACUGCUUCUGUAUCCAAGCUCAAGGAUGAGUUCGGCUGCUCCGCUGCCAACAUUACAACCAAGUUUGCCAUUCGCCUCAGCCCUAUUGAUGGACUUCCCGAAGUUGUGGGUGGUUCCGUUAGCUGCGAAGUGGAGGGCGCCAAGAGGGGAAGUGUCGUCGAAGAUGUCAAGGGCUUUUUCGGCCUGGGCAAGAAGGAUGAACAGGCUCCUCUUGGCGAAGAAGGUGAAGCCAGUGAAUCCAUUACACUGGAACCAGAGGAACAGGCUUCGACCACUUCGUCGGCGGACGCCGCCUCGUCGACCGCAGCUGCCAAAGACGCCAAGAAGAACUCGCCUCAAACCAAGCUUGAGACUAUCCCAGUCAGCUUCACCACGACGGCUCUGGGACUCCCUGCACCGUCUGCAUCUGAGCUUGGCCGCAUUAAGAGCCGUCUGGCCGCGUUUGACGCUUCAGACCGUGAGCGCUUCCUCCGCGAGGAGGCCUUGAACGAGCUGGAGUCGUUCAUCUACCGCAGCCGGGAUCUCGUGGAAGAUGAGGAAUUUGUCAAGAUGUUGACCCCGGAGCAGCUGACCACCCUGACAACGAGGGCCGCAGCUGCCAGCGACUGGCUGUACGAGGACGGCGAGAACGCCAAGACCUCGGAUUUCCAGGCACGUCUCAAGUCCUUGAAGGAGAUCGUCAACCCUGCGCUCAAGCGCAAGAAGGAGAGUGCCGAGCGCCCGGCUCGUGUCGAGCUCCUCCAGGAUGUCCUGAAAAACGCCAAGACGGUGAAGGAGCUUAUGGAGAAGCAGAUCCAACAGGAUGAGGAGCUCCACUCUGCCAGCGUCGCGGCCAGUGAAACUACUGCGUCUAGCUCUUCAGCCGCAGCCAGCGAAACUCCCUCCGAGCCUGUGGAUCUCGAGGAGGACCCCUACGCUACCUCGAGCAGCACCACCUCUUCGGCUCCCACCACCACCCCGAAGGCCAGUGGACCGAAGUACUCCAUCUUCCAACCCUACGAUCUGGCCAGUCUGACCAAGAUCUACGAGUCGACCAACACCUGGUUCGAGACCCAACUCACCAUCCAGGAGCAGCUGGCCAUCACCGACGACCCGGCCUUCACCGUUGCCGAGCUCGACACCCGUCUCCGCGAACUGGAGCGCGUCCUGAACCGCGUCUACGAGAAGAUGGGGGCGGCCGCGGCCAAGUCCGGCAAGAGCGAGCAGGCCAAGAAGGGAAGCAGUGGCAAGAAGGACAAGAGCAGCGCCAAGAAAGAGGAGCAGGAGUCGACCACGUCGUCGUCGUCGUCAACGACGACUGCUACUUCGGCUGAGGCCAAGAAGAGCAACGUCAAGGACGAGCUGUAGCUUGUUUGGGUGCAGUGGUAGGUGCGGAGAAAAAGGGGGGGUGCGCAGUGGGAGUUUUCGGCUUGAGCGUUGACUUUAUGUGAUAGAUAUUGUUUUUAAAAUUUUGCUUUUGGAGUACAAAUUCCAGAUUUGAGUCCUCCUUGCGUCAUGCUCUGCUGGACUAUUGCAUGUUCGGACCAUGUAUUGUACUUAGUAGGACAGGCAGAGACUCCUAUAUGACUCAUCUCUCAAGUUGGC